UGAUUUGAUACAACAAUGAAUCCGGAAAGAAACCGAAAACUAGAAGCUGAAUUGAUGUUUUAACAAAUCAGGAAAUGGUCGCUGUUCAUAAUCGAUUCGUCGCCAUUUUUCUUCUCACGUCAUUAUUACAAACCCUAAUUUCAUAUACAGUCACAACAGAAGCAGCAGUAUUUAAUAUUUCAAAUUUACUUAAUCAUCCUCUUAACCGCCGUUUGCAUCAAGAUCUUCCUCCUCCACCUCCUUCUCAAUCUUCUCCUUCUCAUUUCUUAAAGGAUGUUUUGAAGGUGAUAUCCGCAAGACAGAAUUGGACAUCUGAGAAAAUUAGGGUUUUCGAUGUUGAUAUGAAAAAUGUGAAAGUUGGGAGUUUGCAGAGAUAUGAGUUUAGAGUACAGUUUGCAAAGAGUGAUUUGGAGUUUAAAUUUGCAGAUGAAGUGAAUUCAUGGAAAAAACUGAGGAAAAAGGGUGGAUUUCAUCCUUCGGUUCUUCAGGCUAGUUCAAAAACUGUGUUGAAUUCAUUUGAAUUAGAGGGUCCAUUUGAAUUACAUGUGGAGGAUGGGGAUGACCAACUGUCGCUACUGUUACCGUUGAAUACCACACACACAGGUUUAAAUCGAGUGCUUGUCGGUGAAGGCAUCACUGUAAAAGUAAAAGGGGCCCGAGAGAUUUCCCUGUUUCAUGCAUCAGAUUUCGGCUUAGCAGUAAAUAGAAGUUCAGAAGUGAAGGAAGGCAGAGGACAAUUUUGGCCUUUGAGGCCUUCUUUAUGUAUGCCAUUACCUCCUAUACGAAUUUCAGGAUCUGCAAUUCUAGUUGCGUACAGGACUCGUAACUCAGAUGCUCACGUGGAAACUGCAAGCUUGUCCAAGGAUAUGAUUGAAUUGAUACCAGAAAAAUGUUACACUAGACAUUUACAGAAAAAGGGCGCAUGCCCUUUUGACUCCUUAACUUCAAGGUUGGCUUCGCUAGAGAGACUCAUGAAAGGAUUGCUAGGCGACAGAAUCAAACAAAAAGGGUUGUCAAGUGUUCUUAAAGCUAAGAUUUCUGCAUCAACUGUUAUUAGGUUCCGACUGGAGUUGGAAAAAGAUGUUAAGUACAGUGAUACAUCUAGGCAUACAUUAGCAGAAUGGAGAACAAAGCCGAAAGUUGAACGGCUUUCCUUUGAGGUAGUGGCCAGAGUAGAUGCAGAAAAAUUGAAGCCUAUGGUGGUGAAGAGGCUCCGACCUUUCAUCGCUGCUGAAUCAGCGGCCUGGAGUAUUCUGAUGUCUAAUAUUUCCUUUACGAAAUUCCCAUCUGUAUUAGUACCCCCUGAAGCUCUAACAUUGGACGUAAAGUGGUAAACACGGAAAGAAAUGCUUUGUAUAUUACUACUAUCAUCUCUUGAAUGUAUAAUUUUGAAGAAUUUACAGGUAAGUUCAUCUGGAGGCUGUGUUUGGAUUUUGUUUUUGAUUUUAUUGUUUUGUAUUGGGCUCCUCUUCUCUCUGAGAAGUCUUUCAGCGAAAAUGAAGAAGAAAGGAUAUAUUGUAGUUUGUAAAGUAAGAUUCUUUAAAAAUUGUAAUGUCAUCUCCUCUGUAGAUAAAAUCUUUAGGUAUAUUCUGACGCCUGAUGCCAAUCUAGAAUGGAAGUUUUAUGUAACUGUCAUUGGUAAGAAUUAAGAACAAAGGAUUCUCUGAAAUAAAAGAUGGGAUUGUUAUUGAGAGUC